AUGAACUCGGUACAGACCCUCUUCUUCGGCAUUCGUGAAUAUCUUUCUCCUGUAUUGAAAAAUUCCAAGUUCAAAGAGACGGGUUGCAUUACACCUGAAGAGUUUGUAGCUGCGGGAGAUUUCCUAGUUUACAAGUGUCCAACCUGGAACUGGGAGAGCGGUGAAGAAAGCAAGAAGAGAGAUUAUUUGCCACCAGAGAAGCAAUUUCUUAUUACGAGAAAUGUCCCAUGUCUUCGACGCGUCAAGCAGAUGGAAUAUACUGAUGAAGAUGCAGAAACCCAGAUAGAGACUGAAAACGGGGAGGAUGCAUGGGUGGCUACCCACAGUGGUCGUGUAAUCGUUACGACUAAUAUCGAAGUCAUACAAGCCAUCGAGGGCGAGGGCGAAGACGAAGAAAUUGUUGCGAAAAGAUUAAGUCAAAUCAAAUUGGAAGAGGCGCGCGAGAAGGAAGAAGAUAAUAUUCCAGAUAUGGACGACAUUCCUGAUAUGGAUGAUAUUGCUGAUAAUGUUGUUGAAGAAGAGGAUCCAGCUGCAAUAGCCGCUUCAAGCCAUGUUCCAUCUUCGUCUCACGAUGACGGGCCAAGUGACAAGAUUCUUCAAGUACGAACGUAUGAUGUGUUUAUUACAUAUGACAAAUAUUAUCAAACACCUCGUAUGUGGCUCUUCGGCUAUGAUGAGCAUCGUCGCCCACUAACAUCGGUUCAGAUAUUCGAAGAUGUCUCUCAAGACUAUGCCAAGAAGACAGUAACCAUCGAGACACAUCCUCACCUAAAUAUGUCCCUGGCAAGCAUUCAUCCAUGUCGACAUGCACAAGUGAUGAAGAAGAUUAUCGAAAAGAUGAAUGAUGAGAGCAUCAAGAAAUUCGAAAAAUAUCAGGCGCAGUUGCCAGCGUCGAGCAGCGUUAAUAAUCCAGGAAAUGGCAACAACGCGCUUCAAGCCGAGCAGGCACAAGUUAGAGUUGAUCAGUGA